UUGUUGAACAGUUUUAUAUUAAUGUUUACCUGAAGACCAGGCUAAUUCCUUAAUGUGUACAAAUAGACCCGUUUUUAUGCAUUAUAUAAAAUUGGCUUACUUUUCACUAACUAACUCGCUUUACUGUUGUUAUCACCUUAAGAUAAACUAUUGCGAAGUGACUUUUCUCGGAGUGCAGUUUAUAAAAAUAGACUCUUGGUGCCGCUGUGGGCUAACACAACAGCCACGCAGUGAUCUCCACCCACUGUGACUACAACGAGGUUCGGAUAUUUUGCAGCAGAAUCCAUCGUGUCUACAAACCUUCUCGCCUUUCCGAACUUCUCUCAGUUCUGUUUGGGAAUAAUUAUUGUGGAUUAUUGUUUAUUUAAACCAUACACGCGUUUGUACAACGAUGGGACCCCAAGGAUCGCUAUUAUGCUUUUGUUUCUUCUAUUUUCCUGUCUUUGUUGUAAUCCCGAACGUCGUUCAUGGAGACCUGAGUUAUUCUAUCCCCGAGGAGAUGAAUCGUGGUUCUGUUGUUGGAAAUGUAGCAAAGGACCUAGGCAUGGAAUCUACAACGAUAUCCUCCCGAAAGGCCCGUGUCGAUAUUGAAGGGACACAAAAGCAGUACUGUGAGGUAAAUUUAAACAAUGGAGAUUUGGUAAUUUCAGAAAGAAUCGACAGAGAAAGCCUUUGUGGCAAGAGACCGUCGUGUGUGUUGAAAUUGGAUCUUGUCUUAGAAAAUCCUUUAGAGCUUCAUCGGGUGAAUCUUCAUAUUCAAGAUAUAAAUGACAACUCGCCAAAAUUCAAGAAGAAUUUGAUUGAGAUGGAAAUAAGUGAGUCGGCAUCCAAAGGCAACCGCUUCUCCGUCGAGGAGGCCCAUGACGGAGAUAUAGGUCAAAAUGCUGUUCAGAGAUACACAUUACAAAAGAAUGACUACUUUAUUCUAGCAGUAGAGAAAAACAGGGUAGAACUUGUAUUGGGGAAUACACUUGAUCGAGAAAAUCAAAAGGAGAUCAAUUUGCUGCUGACAGCUUUAGAUGGAGGCUCUCCUCAGAGAUCAGGCACCGUCGUCAUACACGUCACUGUACUGGAUGCUAACGAUAACGCCCCAGUGUUCAGCCAGGCCGUUUAUAAAGCUACUAUACCUGAAAAUGCUCCUCCUGGUACUGUAGUGAUUGACAUCAGUGCGACUGACGCAGAUGAAGGAGUGAAUGGAGAAGUGACUUAUGACUUUGGUCACGUGUCCGAAGUUGAUAUAAAUGUAUUUUCUAUUAAUCAUGAAACUGGAGGAAUAUCAUUGAAAGGCGUUAUCGACUUUGAAGAGACGAGUUCUUUUGAAAUAGGAGUUGAAGCUAAAGACGGGUUAGGACUAACGUCGUAUGCUAAAGUUAUUAUAGACGUCACUGAUGUGAACGAUAAUGCUCCGGUUAUAUCGGUGAAGUCACUGAAUAAUCCCAUACCUGAGAGUAUGUCACCUGGUACAGAGGUGGGCAUCAUUAAUGUUCAGGACAGAGACUCUGAGAAGAACAGACAGGUCCGCUGCUAUAUUCAGCAUGAGCUCCCAUUUAAGUUAGUUCCUUCUAUUAAAAACUAUUAUUCUUUAAUAACAACUGAGCAACUGGACCGUGAACUAGUGUCUGAUUACAACAUUACAAUCAGUGCUACUGACGAGGGCUCUCCUCCUCUGUCCUCCUCUAAAACUGUUCACUUAUCUGUAGCUGACAUCAACGACAACCCACCUGUGUUUGAGGAACAGUCCUACAGCGCAUAUGUGACUGAAAAUAACAAACCUGGCUCCACUUUAUGUUCAGUUACUGCUCGAGACCCUGACUGGAGACAGAACGGUACAGUGAUUUAUUCUCUGUUACCUGGUGAAGUGAACGGUGCCUCAAAUUUCGGAUUAUUCGUGGAGGAAUAA